UAUGGCAUGGUUAAAAGAAAAGAUAACGUGAACAAUUAUAUUUUAAGGAUUCACAAGCUAGGAAAAGGUCAACUCAUAAUGGACUUUUAAUAUUCUUCAGUAUUUCUUCAAGAGAUUUUCCCUGUUUAUUCUUUCAGAACUAUAUAUAUAUAUAUAUACAUAUAUGUAUAUAACAUUAAGUUCACAGUGUGGACUUUUCAUGUUUAGCAUUAUCAGCCAAGUUGAUCUACAGGAGCCUCAACCUCAAAAUUUGGGAAGAAAAAGAAAAAGAAAAAGAAAAGUUCAUUUUCUAAUGGCGCACAUAAAUUUGCUCAACUUUAUCGAAUUCUGCGGCAAAUUUCAGAUAAGGGUUAUUGAACAGUUUAAUGUGAUAUACUACAGUAUACUAGCUUCCAACUUUCCUGAAUAAUAUAUAUAUAUAUAUAUAUAUAUAUAUUCAGUUCCCACUUGUCAAGUAGCUUCCUUGUAUUUCUAAUUGCAUCUUUUUUUUCGGCCUAUAUAUACACUUUCACUCCAUAUAAUAAGCAUAUCCCUCAAGGCAUAGUGGACAAAACCCUAAACUUACAUUAACAUUCGACUUCUUUUCUUGUAUGAGAAGCAGAAGAUCAAUGACGACCAUUUUUGUCGAUCCAAGGCUUAAUCUCCAACAAAGUAACAAGAUUAACAAUCACCAAAACGGAGUUAUUGUUGAAGAAAUUGAAGGUCUUAUCAGAGUUUACAACGAUGGACACGUUGAGAGAUUGCGGAGCCGACAAGCAGCUGAUGCCUCUGCUUGUUUAUUUUCAUGGAGGAGGAUUUUGUGUUGGCUCCGCGGCUUGGAGUUGUUACCAUGAGUUCUUAGCCAAUCUAGCUUCGAAAGCUCGCUGCGUAAUCAUGUCAAUAAACUAUCGUUUAGCCCCCGAACAUCGGCUUCCUGCUGCCUACGAUGAUGGUUUCAAUGCCCUUAUGUGGUUAAAACACCAAGCUCUAAAUCAUGUCUCUAGUGAAAAAUUUUGGUUAAGUAAAUGCAAUUUCUCUAGCUUAUUUUUAGCCGGAGAUAGUGCUGGUGCCAAUAUAGCCUAUAACGUAACCAUGAAGCUAGGAUCCACACAUGAUAUAAUCAAACCUUAUUAUCUCAAGGGCAUAAUACUGAUCCAGCCUUUCUUUGGAGGAGAAACCAGGAUGGGAUCUGAAAAACACAGCAUUCAACCUGUGAAUUCAGCUCUUACCUUGUCGACCUCCGACACGUACUGGCGGCUUUCGUUGCCACUAGUGGCUAACCGAGACCAUCCGUGGUGUAACCCUCGAGCAAAUGGUGUAGCCAAACUGCGUGAAUUAAGACUUCCAUCGACAAUGGUGUGCAUAUCAGAGAUGGAUAUCCUAAAGGACAGGAAUUUAGAUUUCUGCAGCUUGUUGAUUGGUGCUGGUAAAAGGGUUCAGACGGUGGUGCAUAAAGGAGUUGGCCAUGCAUUUCAGGUUCUCCAUAAUUCUCAGUUCUCUCAACUUAGGAUCCAGGAAAUGAUGUCUCAUCUCAAUGCUUUCAUCAACCAAUAAAUGAUAAUAGGGGAUUAAUAAUGUAAUUUGUUCAUGUAACUUCAUUUUUACAUACAAAUAAAUAUAUUAUAUUUGAUUUGGAAUGCG